AUGGCUUCGGAAGUGGCUUUCGUUGAGAAAUUUGUGGGUGUAUCGUUUUCAUCCUUCACGGCAUUUGAGAUGACCUUAAAUCAAUACAUGAAGGAUAACUUUGUGAUAUUUCGCCAACACUAUCUUGCGUUACGAAUGGGUGUACUACAAAUGCAGCAGGCGCCCUCCAAGAAAAACGGAAAGCCGUGGAAUCCGAAGAAGCUAGGUUCGCACAAAACCCUUCGGAUGAAGACGAAGUUGGGUAAAAAGCAGAAACAGAAUCGGACCUUACCUCACUGGACCCGCCUUCGAACAGGCAAUAAAAUCAGAUAUAACGCAAAGAGACGUCAUUGGAGGCGCACAAAGUUGAAGCUAUAG